GCCGCAGGCUGCUGGAGUCGGCGGCGGCGGGGAGCGGCGGGGUCGCGGCGCUGCCGUACAGCGGUGCUCCAAGCUGACAGAAUUGAUCAAAGAAGUGAAAAUACAGAAUCUUUUGAAUGCAGAACUUACAGCAGCAUUUCCUCAUAAAGAUAAAAUGAAUGCUCUUCAGAGAAGUUGCCUAAAUAAUAGCUAAUAAACAUAUGAAAUACUACCACCAAGAAAAUAAUUUUAUCUCCUGUUGCUAUGUUUGACUUAUGUGGCAAUAGGCCACUUCUUUUGAAAUGCAGCUGAAGAAAAUGAGGGAAAUUUUGCCAAAAUUAUAUGCCAGCCCUGUUAAUGACAAAAGUAAUUCCUUGACUACAUCCCCGAAGAAAGCUACUGAGGAUAAAACAAAUCCUCCAAAAAGGAAUGAAGGCCAAAAUUGUUACCAAGGGACUGAAGCAGACGAUAAUAAACUGACAUUGGUAGGUUGUAUAAAAUGCAGAAGUGUGCAAAAAUUUUCAGUGCAUGGAUUGCAAAAGUGUGACAAGCUUAAGAGGACUGAAGACAAAAAUUUUAUCUGUAACAAGUGCAGUCCACCGGCUUCCAAUUUGGUAUCUGAUAAUGUCAGUGCCACAGACUUAAAAAAGCAAGGUAAACCAUCUUCAAGUAAAAUCCAAAAAACUUUUAAAGUAAAAAACUUUCAGCCAGGUAAAUAUUACUGUGAUAAAUGUCGGUUUUCAACAAAGGAUCCUUUGCAGUAUAAAAAGCACGUAGCUCAACAUGAGGAGAUUAAGUUUCUUUGUUCCCACUGUAAUUAUGUAUCCUACACUAAAGGAGAAUUCCAGCGGCACCUGGUAAAGCACACUGGAAUUUUUCCAUAUCAGUGUGAAUACUGUGACUAUGGUGCCAUUCGACAUGAUUAUAUAGUAAAACAUACCAGAAGAGUACAUGAAAAGAUCGCUAGGAGUCGUCUAACAAAUAUGGCUGCAAAGCGUGAGCAAAAGAGGUCUUCCUUGCCAAAGCAGGGCACUUUAUCUAUAAAGCAGAAAUGUGAUAAAAAAGUACUUCUUCCAAAUGAGUUUUCAAAUUUGUCAUCAAGUGCAGCUUGUGGUAAGAUUCGCACAGAAUUGGCCAAAACAGUUAGUUUAUCUGAUGAUAUAAAAUGUAACAUAGAUAUACCAUCAGCCCAAGAUAAAAGCUUAUUGGGGCCAGCUGAAGUGAACAUAUAUGAGAAUCAGAAUGUGGAAGUUGAAGUUUAUUCUCCAAAGAAGAAGCCUGUACAACCUGGAAUGCCAUUAACAGUAAUUGCACCUUCAGAACUUGUUGUUCCUUCAAAUUGUUUAGCUCAGUUACUAGAGAUGAAAAUAGUGAAUGGCACACAGCAGUUGGUUCUUAAACUUAUCCCUCUGGAAGAAACAACUAAUAAAUCUAUGAACUGUGAUGAAGAGGAACUUGGGAACCAAGAUCUAGAACAAAUAUCAGAAGGAAAAAGAAGUAUGUCGGUGGCUGAAAACAAAUUAUUGACUACAGAAGCAAAGGAAGACAGAUUAGAUCAUGUUGGUAAUCUGCUUGCUUCAGAUAAAUGCAACAAGAAUUCUGAAUGUCUUAAUCUGUCUAAUUCUCAUGCUUUAGAUUGCAACUCAGAUAUGCAUAGGGGAGGCAAAUUAAAGUUAACUUGUGAUAUGGUGAAAGAUUUGGGGAAAGGUGCUGAGUUUAAAACAGGUAUCCCAAAACUUUCUAUUGAAUCUCCGGUAACUAAUAAUAGUGAAAGCAUCUGCCCUAGAUCUUCAAAUAAGUUAACUGGUGAAAAAUGUGCGUUAAGUCAUGAUUUGCACUGUUAUGAGAGCCUGAAUACAUCUAUAGGUCUACAUGCUGCUGCUUCUGAAGAUAAAACAACCCAGAAUGUUUUGUUACAGGCUUCUCAGGAGAAGAAAAAUUCUUCAUGCCCUGUCCUUGGAGAAAAGAACAUGUUGGCUUUAAAUAGCAAUGACAAAAAAUGUAGGACUCAGUUCUCCAGCUCUCCAGAAACAUGUCUGUUCAAUGACAACAAUUUUGUUAAAGAGCCUCUUACAACUUCUGAAGCAGGGAAAAAGUCACCCAUUAGUAAAACUGUAUCAUUGGAGGAUUUAAAUGUUGGCUUAAGUAGUGUAAAAAGAGUUGAUUCUAAAGGUCAAAUGAACAAUCUCCUUUUGGAAUCUUUAGAAUUACAGAAAGUUGAAAAUGAAGAUCGCUGUUUAGAGGGUCCUGUUAUUUCAUCUGUAUUUUCACUUAGCUCUGGUGCUGAAAACAUCCCAGAGGGCAUCAGAUGGGACAAGAAUUCACGGAAUAAAAAGUCAACAGCUUUGUUAUGUAGAAAGAUUGCUCAGUUGAUGUCUGCUGCUGAAUCCCAUAUGAAAUCUACAUUGGCUGCUUCACCUAGGCCUGUUAGGUGCCAUGCUUCCAAUGAGAAGAUGCCUUUGACUCCAGAAACUUCAGCAAACUGUGAAAAAAAUGUCCCCACUACUGAAUUGGAACAAUCUUCAUCUUCACUUCAAACAUUAUCAAAGGGUGUGAUUAAUAAUGAAGAGUGUAAUAUAGAACAGCCACAACCACUGACAACUACAAAAAACCCUAAAAGUAGGGUUACUAAAAACUCACAUGUUGCUACCCCAGUGUUUAUUCCAAAAGGGACAGUUCUUAGAGUGCUGAAUACCACCAGCAGCGAGAGCCCUAAAGAAGUAGAAAAUAAGGAUAAAACGUCACCUCCUUCUAUAUACUGCAAAGAAAUGUUCUUACCAAGGCCGGUUCCUUUCAGCAUUUCAGAGAAACUAAGCAGAAAUCCACCUACUCUGGCAAAAGAGAAUGAACUUAAAGAACAGUCCAGAAAUAUAACACUUAGAUCAAAAAGAGAGGUGCAGACAAAAACUAAUAGCAAACAAAAUUGUAUGUUGUUGCAUCAAAAGAAUAACCUAAUUAAGCAGAGCAAAUCUAAUUCAAAGAGUCAGCUUGCACCAAAAAAUAAGGUAAAGCAAGCGGGUUCCAGGGAUUAUAUUUCUAAGAAGAAAACAAGAAUCCAGUCAGAAACCAGUUACGGUUCUGAGAUGACGCCUCUUUUGACAGCAAGACGUCUUAGGCUUGUACCUCUUAGAGUGGAUCAAUUGAUAAAAUGCCCUCGUCGUAACCAGCCUGUAGUUGUGUUAAACCAUCCUGAUGUUGAUUCACUAGAGGUAAUUAAUGUAAUGAAGACCAUCAACAAGUAUAAAGGCCAUGUCCUGAAAGUAGUUUUGUCAGAAAGAACAAGUAGUUGUCUUGGAGUGAAACGACAUCAUAGGCGGCUUACACUUCAGGAUGUUGAAACGUUAAGCCAAGUAAAAAAGCCUAACAUGUUAAAAAUGAAGCUAAAGAAGACCCAUAAAAACAACUACCAAGUAGUGGAAACUUCACCAGCUGAAACACUGAAGUGUAUGUUUAAGUGUUGGUUUUGUGGAAGAAUAUAUGUCGACCAGGAAGAAUGGAUAAGUCAUGGACAAAGGCACUUAAUAGAAGCUACUAAAGGUUGGGAUGUUCUUUCUCUUCCGCUAAAAAGCCACAAGUGACAAACUGGCUAUUAUUUCUCUUAGUUUAACAUGAGUGCCAUUAAUUUGUUAGGAAAAAAGUACAGUUAAAUAAUUUAUUUUAGCCAAAGCUUUUUAGUUUUGGCCAAAUGGGGAAUGAGAAUAGAGAUUAUAAACAGCAUGUGAAGCCAGUGGCAAGUAUUCAGCACUACAGAACAUUCUUUUGCUUCAAGAGGCCCUCUUCUAGUUUUUUGAGAGCAUUACCUUUAAAAUGAUUUACUACGCAAGUGUCUUUCCAGUGACCAUUCACCGCACUAUAAUGCUAGAUUUGCGUUGGGUCACUGUGGAUUAAAAUCUCAAAUUAUGUGUCCUAUAUCAAAUUGAUUUAAUCAGUCCAAUUUUAUAAUUAGAGUUUACUGGUUCAGAAUUUCGGCCUCGUGAAAAGCACUUUGACCCUCUGAACAAAAAGUAUGUCAGUUUGGUGACACACACAAGAUGCCAUGUAGCAAAAAAAAAAAAAAAUCUGUGAUCUUAAAAUUAGGAAUUUUGUGAGAUCAGAACUACAUUAACUAAGUAGAAUGACAAUGAUAAAGCUAAUUUUUUGUAGUACAGCAGAAGGUCACUGGGAACUAUUUAUACCACCUUUUUAUUCUGUACAAACAGGGCAAUUUAGAUUCCAUGCUGGUUUAGAACUGUGUUUGAUGCCCCUCCCUGCCAAGUCCUGGACUGCCAAUGAGAAAUGAGCCCCACCAAGGUACUUGCGCUUCCCACACACACAAACCUGUCAAUUAUACAAUAUAGGUGGUUUAUAGGUUCUGAGUGACCUGCUGAGGAUCCCUUUAAACCCUCCCUGUUGCCUAAUUCUUGGGCAUAGAAGAGAUGUGUGAGUAGCAAGAACGAAUCGGGGCUUGGCAGGGCGGUGGUGUAGACAUGGCCACUCUGAAACUAAUGGGCUGUAUUCAGAUGUAGUGAAAUAGGACCUGAUCUUCCAAGCACUAAAGGGCAUGCCAUUCAUUGUUAUUCAUAGUCCCUUAGAAACGUUUGCAAGAUUCCGUGUUCCAACAGAGUAUCAGCCAACUAGCUAGUGCACGUGUAGGAAACAAACUGAUCUUUUGAAAUAAAAAUUAUAUUAACUAUCUCUGCAUUGGUAGCUUUUGUCUGGACUUUCAGUAGACUUUUUUUAUUAUUUAAUACCUAUUUUUUUUUUUUUUUGGAUUUGCAUGUCAUUGGAAUCUACUUAUGUAAGUCUCAUGUCAGAAGUUACUUGAGCAUAUCCGUAAUCAGGCAUGUACAUAAUCCCUUUGACUUUAGUGUGUUAUUUAAGUUAAUAAACACACAAGUUAUCCCAAAUACCUUGCUGAAUCAGGGACAUAGUUUAAGAUUAGAAUAGGGAAUGAGGAAGGAUGAGUACUGAAGUUUAAUAGUUGGAUAUUUGAGUACAGAAUUUUCUUUGUUAUUUUAUAACAAAACAGAAACUGGCCUUUUAAAAUUUCAUUUGGAAGAGGUGAUGUUGAAGUAAGCACAUAUUUGCAGUCAAAAUUGGUUCUUACAUUUUUACAGGUAAAAAAAUCAGUACUGAUUUUUAUGCUGGAUAUAUAUGAUACAUUUGAACUUGGACUACUACCUGAAAAUGCCUGUAGUUGUUAACUGUUUUUCGCUGUUAUCACAUUUUGUAAAGAAUUUAACUAGGCUGGAAAUAUUUUUGUUCUGUUUUUAUACUCUAGAACAGUACACAUUGUUUUGAUAAGGUAUGUACUUUAUCUAUUGAAAUGUGAAUAUCUUGAAGCUAAAAAGCACAUCUUGUUACUUAAAUUGAAUUUACAAGAACAUGUAUCACAUUUUUUCAUUAAACCAUUUUGCAAUACAGUAUAAAUAUCCUUUAGAUACUUGGUGCUUUCAGAAGUCAGAUGUUAUUUUAUGUUGUAUACACAUUGCAGAUUUUGUACUGUAGGCUAAGCUGUCCACUGAACAAAUUUUUGUCUGGCUGUUUAGUUGGUAAUAACUAAAUGUCAAUUUUCAUUUUAUAUUAAAAAUUGAACUAUAUUUUUUUUAGCUGGUUACCCUAAAGGUUUUUCUUUUCACUUUAUGUACUUUGAGGCCAAACUUAAGAAUAUAAUUUGCAUUUUAAAUGAUGAAAGUAGUUUUUCAUUUCUAAAUCCUUGCAUAUCACAUUGUAGUACAUACUGAAAAUGUUAACACAUGAAGAAAACUGCUUAUGGCUGAAUUUGAUCCAUGUGUUAGACUUAUUCCAUCCAGGCUGUUGAUUGAACCUACUUUAGUUUCUGGAGAAGGUGCUAAGGUAACAGUUAUGAAUUUUCACUUUAAGACAGUGGAUAUCAACUUUUCUGGCAGGGAUGCCACAAAUUAGCCCCACCCCCUUCCUGGAUGCCACUCUGAUCUUUCUCCCUUAUCCAAUCUGCUGCUCAGGUUUCUGCUUCCUGCCCUGUGUUCCCUGUCCCCAACCAAUCUACCGUGUGCCACAGAGUUUGCCUGUGCCACUUGUGGCACACAGGUUGGACAUCCUGGUUUAAAAGGUGUCACAGGCAAAAUUUGAACUUAUUUGAUGAACCCUAUGUUGUAAAAACCUGUGUUGGUGCUCAGCAUCAUAAGUUCAUUCUAGAUGGUUUGAGUACUGUAGUAAUGUUAUGUCUCUGUAUAAUUUACUAAACAAAUGCAAAGGCUUUGUAUACCAGUGACCUAGAAGAGUUAGAGUUGUUAAACUACAUGUAACUGUAUUAUCUUUGCAUUUAAUUUAAAAAUAUAAAUGCUUUUAUUUUAA